AUGGAGAGGGCAGGCGCCGGCGACACCAUGCAGAGGCACAAGAGGGCUAUAGACCGUGGAGCCAUACAGCGGUGGAUGGCUCGAGGCCGGCGCCGGGCCGGAACCGCGCGGGUGGUUGAGAUCCUGGCACGCGCCGACCGCCGUUGGCUCACUGAAGAGGAUUGGAUGCGCCGGGCCUUGUCAGACAGCGGUCUUCAAGCCAUGUUCUACCGUUUUGCCGAGGCUCUUGACCAGCACAGAUCUCGCCGAGAGUCCUCGCAGGGUGGAAGCUUGCUGCUUCGGGGCAGCUUUCAGUCCGUGGUGGGCCUCGUCUGGGCGCGGCAGCAGCUGUCGGUGGUGCUUGGGAGGUUGCGGGGCUACCACCAGCCCUGGUUCCUGGGGUUUUGGGCCUCCGGACCCUGGCCUUUGCUGGCACCCUCGGACCCCUACUUCCUGCAGGCGGAGAUCCGCCUUCGUGUGAUGAUCUCAAAGCUGGAGGCCGAGCGGGCUCAGGAAUAUGUGCCAUCCGCCUUUCGUAUGAUGCGAAGCGACAGCGAGGCAAACACGCCGAUGCAGCAGCGCCAACUGCUGUGGCAGGCCCUGGCCGACCUGCUUGUCGUUCAUCACCCAGGUUGGCCGAGCCAGCCGCCUCGGCGUGAAGCAGCCGAGCCCAUCACUCCCGUGAAAGGCCAUGCCAGUUCGCACUUCCCACACUUCGGUGCCGAGACGACGAGGUGCUGGGACCAGGAUUCAGGAAGGGCUAUGCGUAGUGGCAGUGUAGCGGGACCGCCCGAUUUGCAAAACGAUGGCACUGCCUUCUCAAACUAG